CCAAGUCUUCUUUUAUCACGACGGAUGAUGCGGAUCGUUAAAUUCGGUGCAGUGCCCCUACGAAAUCGUGGAAAGCCGAAAUUUCAUCGCAGUUCGCCCGUAGCACUCGACUUAUUCGGGGACAUCUCUGAAAAACUAACUUUCAAAUUAUUUCUUAACUUAUUGAAAUGCGAAGCGAGGUGAGCGAAUGGCUGGCAACGUGCGUGGGUUCGCCGAUAUGUAUCCUUCUGCUUUCUUGGUCCUUACUGAUCUAUCAAAAUCAGCCAUCCUCGACAAAGAGAAGGAUAGACGUACUCACUGUGGCAAUUCUUGCGGAAAGUCUCGUAAAUCAGCUGGGAUUAUUGUUUUACGCUGUCCUUACCUUAAUUCGGCCAGCCAAUCAUUUCGGAGAACUAUGUUCAACGUUAGUUUGGAUCUUGAAUUCGUCGAACAUUCUCCAGGAGUUGACCUUGACGUCUAUCGCCAUUUUUGCAGCAAUAGGGAGCAGGGAUGAAGGCUUCAACAUGACAAAAAAUCAUUUGAAGUAUCACCUAGUCAGUUUAAGCGUGAUAAGCGCUUGCGUAGGUAUAACAGGUGUUCUCAACUUCGAGCCAGACGUUUGCGUGUUUCUACCCCAAGAAAUUUCUAUGAAGUAUGGAAUAUUCGUCAACUCUCUCAGAUGUUUGCUCUUAUUCGCCUCGUUAGUCGGUCUAACGAUCGCCAUAUUUAAAAGUCUAUGCCGUACGCCAAAAGCAGAAUUGUUAAAGUCCGUCUCGGAUUUGUCCGAGACCAGUUCGAAAAAUUCAUCGGGAGCGUUUGAGUGUCAUCCUCAUCAAUGGGAUCCUUCGAGCGGAUCGUGUACGAGUGGUUCGACCAAUAGCAGAGCGUGCCUACGUAAGAAAAAAAUUCACGUCGAUGAAACUGGCGAAAGAUCGACCAUUUACAGCAUCCUAUUUGUAUGUUACAUCUUCGAACAUCUACCAGUUCUGAUCGUUUCCAUCAAACCGAGUCUACUGAGGAAUUUUUGUACCACUCAGAAUUUAGCGAUGUGGUUACCGCUCGUUAAGGAUACUCUUUUACCUGUUUUCUUGGCAAUCUUUGAUAAAAUGUUCUGUCGUUACGUCGCCAAAGUUUACACGAAGCAAGAUCAUGCGAGAAGACUCUCACACGGCGGCGUCGACGGCAAGUUUCGACAUUUCGAACAAGACGCGGAAUACAAAUUACAAUUGAACUUAAAUCAUGGUUUGAAAUUUCCCUUGACCAACGGAAGUCUUUAUGGGAGAUUGCACAAUCAUCAAAAUAGAGGUAAAACAGGGACGAUAACGAUGGGUAUACAACAUUAUCCAAGAUCUCAAUCUGUCAACGAGGAUAGUAACUAUGCUUCGCUACCUGCGGAAUUAUCAUCGUUCACGAGUUCGACCUUCGAACCUCGCCAAGAAGUAAGACACAACGAAUCACCAAAAAAGAAUCCGAUCGACGAUCGAACCGAUCGAUCCUUUAGGAUCAAUGAGAAUUUUAACGAAUUAGCUGGAAAUCGUAGAAAGAUUGGUAGUACCGAUGUUUUUGGUCAGAACAUGGAAAAUUUGGUACAACUCGAGGAUACAAAUUCGAAACGAAAAUUUGCGAGAAGUUUGGACGAAAUAUGCGAGGAACCACAACGAAGACACGCUCGAAGCGUUUUAGGAUUAGACAGUUUGGUAAUUGCAUUGGAUAACGGUAUAAGAGAACAACAACAACAGCAACAACAACAACAACAACAACAGCAACAACAACAAACGAGGAAUGCUCUAAGAAGAAAUCAAAGUUUCGAUCAUGCGAGAUAUCAUCGACCGGUACUCGAUACAAGGACCUACGAUUUAAAAAAGGAUGAACACAGAAGAGAACAACAAAGUAUUCAUCAACGACAAAGUAGUCAAGUACUUGGAGAUGGUUACGAGACGUCUGAUGACGAAAGCUGCGAUUUAGAAAACGGAGACUUCGACACUAUGAGCUCCUGCAGGAGCAGGAGUAGGAGUUGUUGCUCCGUUACAACGGUUGCUAACGAUGACUUCGAGUACUUUCAACGUAAGGGAACCAAGGUGGAGCUGUUGCCCUCGAAGCGAAGCAGUGAGGUAAAGGUCAGCAUGCGAUCUUUCACGCCGAGGAUCAUAGAGAACGAUACUAUUGAUCGGGACGAUAAAAGAAUCGGCAAAAUGAUCGACACCAAACCAAGUAUACAAUCGUAUCAUUUGAAGAAGAGAAUUGGACCAGGUUUCUCCAUGAACGAUCUUGAUAAAUUAACCACCGUUGAGAGGAAAUUUCCAAACUUGUCGAUGGAGAGCCUGAAGAGUAUCCUGAAGAAUUCGGAUGUUAGUUAUUUGGAUAAUGGUGAUAUCUGUAGGCACGAUAUCGGUGGCUCAGCUCCAGACUUUAAAAAGAUCUUUGUCACAGAAUUUAUCUGAUCGUAAUAUUAAUCUUUUGUUUUGAUAAACGUCCUAACGUCACGUAAUAAUUCAAUCGAUAUUUCUUCGUUCGGAAUUUCGUGCCGAGUUGAUAUAAUAUCUCGUACGAGUUUCUUUUCUUUAGUCUUCCUUUUCUUUUUUUCUUUCUUUCUUAGUUUCUACGAACGCGAAAUAGAUGAAAUCUUUUGAAUAUAAUAUUGUAGAUCUAUGAUCUUGUUAAAAAACAAAAGUUCAUGUUCGAUUUAAUCGUUCAUUCAUCGUGACUAAUAGGAUUUGUUAUCUAUACUGUUGAGAAUGAUUCUCUCGAUGGCAAAAAGCCAACACGCAUAUACAUAUACAAACGUGUACGUAUGCAAGAACUUUGUUCAUACAUUAUAUUCACGUAUCACGUAAAUACAUACGUGCGCUAUGUAAAAAUGUUGUAAAAUAUAUUUGAGUCUAUUUUAUUGACUUCGCGUCACGAAUUAUAGGUCGACGUUGAAGUCCGAUAAUAUCGCAUCGAGUUCAUUUUGUAUAUAGCUUGUACAUUUUUAUUAUUAAUAUUUAACGUGAUAAAUAUGUGAAACGUGCUUAUAAAAAGCACGUUAGUGUUCAUUCGAUUACAUCGUCGAGCGAUAAUAUGUUUUUGUAAUAUAGUUGCGAAUAAAAUUUCUCUUACUUGGGA